AUGACAGAACAAUAUAUUAAGUCAAGUGAUAUUGCGCUUUUAUAUAGUGAAAUGGAUAGUCAUACCUUUAAAGAAGAUACUCUUCCAAAAAGAAGAAUUGCAACAAAGGAAGAUUAUAACAUGAUGUAUCAUAUAUUCAUCAAUUGUAAGUUGACGGCCACAAAAGCUGUGAAUUAUAAAUAUAAGUGCAGCAGAAACGAUAUAGAAUAUGAUAUGAAUUUAAUAGAUCAAUGGUAUAACAAGUCUUUACAAGCGUUGGAAUGA